AGUUCAACAGCAGACUGACCAGCGGUUUCAGAAGCCAGUUCAACAGCAAAUGCCAGUUCAACAGCAAACUGACCAGUGGUUUCAGAAGCCAGUUCAACAGCAAACUGACCAAUGGUUUCAGAAGCCAGUUCAACAGGAGACUGACCAGCGGUUUCAGAAGCUAGUUCAACAGCAAACGCCCGUUCAACAGCAGACUGGCCAGUGGUUUCAGAAGCCAGUUCAACAGCAAACGCCCGUUCAACAGCAGACUGGCCAGCGGUUUCAGAAGCUAGUUCAACAGCAAACUGACCAGCGGUUUCAGAAGCUAGUUCAACAGCAAAUGCCAGUUCAACAGCAGACUGACCAGUGGCUUCAGAAGCCAGUUCAACAGCAGACUGACCAGCGGCUUCAGAAGCCAGUUCAACAGCAGACUGACCAGCGGCUUCAGAAGCCAGUUCAACAGCAGACUGACCAGCGGCUUCAGAAGCCAGUUCAACAGCAGACUGACCAGCGGCUUCAGAAGCCAGUUCAACAGCAGACUGACCAGCGGCUUCAGAAGCCAGUUCAACAGCAGACUGACCAGCGGCUUCAGAAGCCAGUUCAACAGCAGACUGACCAGCGGCUUCAGAAGCCAGUUCAA